GUUACAGAAAGUCUCAAAAGUUUACUGCAGCAAAAUGGCUGAAGCAAUGCGCCAGACUGUCGCUGGAAUGUUGAAAGGCAUUGAAAGAUAUAAUCCAGAUCAUUUAGCAACUCUUGAAAAGUAUGUUGAAAUACAAUCUAGAGAAAAUGCAUACGACUUGGAAGCUAAUUUAGCAGUUCUAAAGCUUUACCAAUUGAAUCCACAUAAAUUUAACAUGGACAUCACUUGUCAGAUAUUAUUAAAAGCUCUGACAAAUCUUCCACACACUGACUUCGUUCUCUGCAAGUGUCUACUCAGUGAAAAAAUUAUGCAAGAAAGCCCCAUUAAUCAAAUUAUGUAUUUAGGAGAUAUUCUAGAACAAUGUGACUUCCAGCAUUUUUGGGACAGAGUCCCUUCUAUGUCUGAUCUUUGCGACAGAAUUGUAGGAUUCCAAGAUUCAAUAAGAAAAUUUGUUUGUCAUGUAGUAGGAAUCACUUUCCAGACAAUAGAAAAAAGUCUUCUAGCACAACUACUUGGUGGUGUUGACGAUUCUACCUUGAAACACUGGGUAAAAAAGUAUGGUUGGAAGGAAGAGAGUAAAACGAUUAUCUUUAUCGCCAAUCAGGAUGAAAACAUAAAGACAAAGAAUAUUACAGAGAAAAUAGAUUUUGAAAAUGUCGCUGGCUUAAUGGCUGCUUGCCUUUAAAAGCUAUCUCUUAAAAUAAACGUCUUUUGUACCAAAGAUAGGACAAGUUUCUCUUGAUUUUAUCGUUGUAUGUCGAUGUCACUC